CUCCCUCCCGCCCCCAGAGCCUCGUCCGGCCCCGCAGAGCAGCAGUCACGCAGUCCCGGCGCCCGGUCUCGGCCGCCCCCCGGUAGCGAUGAGGCCGCGGGGCCCGCGGUGUCUCCCGCUGCUGGCGCUGGCCAUCGCCCUGGCCGAGGCGGCGACCUUUUUAUCCCAGCAGUAUGCCUCUCAGUUCCUGCUGAGRAAACGGCGAGCAAACUCUUUCAUGGAAGAAAGUAAGAAGGGAAAUCUAGAAAGAGAAUGCAUUGAAGAAUUAUGCAAUAGGGAAGAAGCCAGGGAAAUCUUCGAAAAUAAUCCUGAAACGGAAUAUUUUUAUCCCAAAUACUUAAGCUGCCUUGCCUCCCAUCGAGCCGGGGUGUUCAAGGUGGCUGCAGUCACUCCAGAYUCUCCAGCUGACCUGAGGGCUUGUGUCAAGGAAAUUUCAAACCAGUGCAGCCCUCUGCCAUGCCAUAAAGAUGGAUAUAAGGAUUGCAUAGAUGGACAAGCCAGRUAUACCUGUGUCUGUAAACCAGGAUGGAGAGGAGAGAACUGUGAGGAAGAUAUAAAUGAGUGUGAAGACUUCAAUGGAGGCUGCAGCCAGCGCUGUUCCAAUUUCCCUGGAAGCUUCCGUUGUCUGUGUGAAGAUGGCUACUUYAUGCAUUCCAACAAGCGAGAUUGUGGAGAUAUAAAUGAAUGUGUGCUACACCCAAACAUCUGUGGGACAGCCAUCUGCAAAAACACCCAGGGGAGAUACGAAUGUGAAUGUCCAGAAGGCUACRCAUAUAAUUCAACUUCCAAGAACUGUGAAGACAUUGAUGAAUGUGCUGAAAAUAUUUGUGCUCAACUCUGUGUGAACUCACCGGGAAGUUACAGCUGCUAUUGUGAUGGCAAGAAAGGCUUCAAGCUCUCUAAGGACAUGAAGAAUUGUGAGCCUGUUACUGAGUGUAUCCCACUGAACCUUGAAAAGAAUUACCAACUGCUUUACCUGGCAGAGCAAUUUAUAGGAAUUCCCGUUCUCUACUUGAAGUUUAAACUGCCAGAUGUCACAAGAUUUACAGCAGAGUUUGAUUUCCGGACAUACGAUGCAGAGGGGGUUAUCCUGUAUGCAGAAUCCCAGGACAACUCAGCAUGGAUCUUGCUUGCUCUUCGAGAUGGAAAGAUUGAAAUUCAAUUCAAGAAUGAGUUUGGAACAAAAGUCACCAGUGGAGGCAAAGCUAUUAAUGAUGGACUGUGGCACAUAAUAUCAGUUGAAGAAUUAGAAAACAGCAUUAGUGUAAAAAUAGCUAAAGAAGCUGUGAUGAGUAUUAACAGCCCAGGGACUCUUUUUAAACAAUCCCAGGGUUUCUUGGAAACCAAGGUGUACAUUGCAGGAUUACCUCGCAGAGUGGGCAGUGCUCUUGUUAAACAGAUUAACCCUCGGCUGGAUGGUUGUAUCCGGGCCUGGAACCUGAUGAACCAGGGACAUUCAGGAGUAAACGAAGUUAUUCAAGAAAAACAAAGCAAACACUGUUUAGUAGCAGUGGGGAGAGGAUCCUUCUACCCUGGCACUGGAAUGGCAGCAUUCCAGAUAAACUAUAAUAAUCUUGACAGUGCUGAAGAUUGGCUAAUAAAUGUGACUCUGACUAUUCGCCCAUCCACAGACACUGGUGUUAUGUUUGCCUUGGUUUCUAAUGAAACAGUGCCUCUUGCAUUGUCCAUAGUGGACUCUAACUCCUCUGACUCACAGAAAAUCACUGUGACCAUUGGGAACAUCCCUGUUGCACAGCUGGAAUCAAAGAAGUUAUGUACCCCCAGAAAAGUGCAGGUUGGACUUCUAGUGACCARACAGGAACUUGAACUGGCUGUUGAUUCACACAUAGACAGAAGCAAUUCAGAGCACCUGUCAACCCUGCAUCAAGCCAUGAUGGCAAAUGUUGUCACCUACCUGGGUGGACUGCCAGUUGUUCCUCUGGGUGCUACACCAGUGACUGCUUUUUAUAAUGGCUGCAUGGAGGUGGAGGUCAACAACAGACAGCUGGAUCUGGAUGAAGCCAUUUCCAAACACAAUGACAUCAGAUCUCACUCAUGCCCAUUGAUCAUGCCGUAACCAUUCCGAUCUUMAUUUAACAUUUUGUCUUUCAGAUAUAAUUUGUGUAAUUAGUCUCAUGCCAUAAUGAACCUUGCACUAUUUAAUGCAAGAUGUGUCAGGGAAAUAAUCAGCAGCAUGGGUUUUUCCCUUUUYAUAUAGAAUGAAGGAAAAAAACUCUCUGUUAGCUGGAAAGAGACAAUCAAGAUCAAAAUUCUGUCAARUGUUCUUUUAUUCAUAUCAGUGGGAAAUCUUAAAGCUAGAUUUAUCUUCAGUGUUCAUGCUAUGUCUUUGACAUAUUUAGUUUGGAGAGAAGUUUAGGAAUUUCUGUUUAGAAACAAUUUGAUAUCCUUUUUUUCAUAUAUCAGCACAAAGUUACAAGCUGCAAAUUAUUUUAAUGUAGUAGAAUAUAAAUGAAACCAGACUUAGUAAACUUUUCCAAGCAUAACAUGCAAAGAAGAAUCUCUACUGGUUUUGUAACAUGUGCUUUUGGUAAAGGAAAAAUUACCCUGGAAUCCAUAGCCCAAGCUCUCCGUGAAUAUGUUUACAGGUUGUACCUAUGUUGGUAAAGUGUUUCUUCAAAAUGGAAGUGUUUCUUUAAGCAGCUCAAUUUUUGAAAACAGCUUUGGUUAUACUGGACCAACUUUAAUUCUUCCAUCUUUAGAACUUAGCUUUUUAAGAGUUCUGGGUCAGGUCAGGUCAGGUCAUUUACUUUCAAAGUGGGUUAAAAUACACCCCAGGCAAUUUUGAAAACCAGAGGAAGUGGCUGGAAGGAAGGAGCUCUGCUCUUCAUCACAGGACAUCAAACUGGAAUUUGCUGAGUAAAACUGAGGAAUUGCAGCAAAUACUUCUCCCAUCAAACCUAGCACUCCUCAACAUAAGCACAGUCUGAUGGUCCAUCAAAUUCCCUUUAUUUAGGGCAACUUGCCUUCACAGAGCUCCAGAAUAGAUUUAUUUGUAAGCCCUGCUCCAGCUCUGUCCCUGAUGUCCUUGAAAGCCUGAAUUUUGCCAGUAACAUCAGAAUGUAAAGCCAUAUUGUGCUCAGCCAACUUUAAUAAACCAGCAGGUAAUUAGAAAAGUAUUGCUUUCCUCAGGUGUGCUGRUUUCAAGCAUUUCCAAUAUUUCUUUAACAUCCUUUGAGUGUUCUUUGCACUUCCAACCUCAUUUUCACACAACCAGGAGCCUCCCUGUACAGCUCACCUAGUGGUUUUGUUAACCCCAAACCAAAUAGAUAGCAAGAGAAUYGCUGUAAGGUAUAAAUAUAUCCUCUCAUCCAUCAACCACAGAAACAUUUAUCUGCCUGUAUUCCUGACCCCAGCUCUUCGCUCUGCGCUUGAGACACUGAAGUGGAAAUGUGUGUACAGAAGGAUGGAUUGUGACAAUAUUCAUUUGGAGGAUUGCCUUUCUCCAGGGGUUUUCUGAGUGACUUCAGUGAGGUUUCUUCCACUACUGAAUGCCAGGGUUAGUACAGCAGUGCUGCAGAAUCUGAGCCCAUCUUUCAGYGUUAUUGCUUUUCCUGAAGUUAUUGGUAACUUCACUUGCCACCUGGUAAUGGAGUACAGAAUUUGCUCCUGACUUUCACCCAGCACAGCCUUCCAGUCUGCCCAGCAAGAAGCUGACACCCAGGGGUUAAUUGAUUACUAGUUCACUUUUCUAGGAUGGCACAUAAAACAAGCUUGGAAUUCUGACUCCAUGGGGGGAGGAAAUCCUUUCCUGMAGUUACCCUUCCCUGCUCUUCCACCAUCCCAGCACACACACUCUUCAUGCAGGUGAAGAAUAACUUGACUGAAACAAGCUGGUUUUGCAUACAAGGCAGAGCUGAAUUGGGACUUUUGACAUCAAAUACACACGUGAUCACUUUAUGUAUAAUAUCUCCCUGACAUCAAUUAAUCCUGGAAAGACCCUGGGCCAGACUCUGCCUUGUACAAGCAGCACAGAAAGUAGGAGAGGAGGAACACAAAAGUGUAAUCAAGGUUCUAAAUACUUAUGGCCCCAAGAACAGAAGAAAAGGUUUGGGUUUUUUUGCUGUUGUUUGGGGGGGAGGAGGGUGUUUAGGUUUUGUUUGUUUAAGUGUAAUAAAUUGUAUAGAAAUGAAAUGAAAUGAAAGAAAAAAAAUCACUUUUUCACAGAGACACUAUUUCUCUUUGUUUUCAUGGAAUGAUAUUUUAGGGGUUUAUAGUUAAUAAUGAAACCUCUGCACUUCUUUUUUAAUGUAAAAGUGCCUCCCUAUUGUAAGAACUAAAUAAAGCAACAUUUGCAAGUUUCUUUUCA